AUGCCGGGCGGUUCACGGGAGGCGUACCAGCAGCUUGCGCCGCUGCUGGAGCAGGUUGCGGCGCAGGUACCCGGCUCUGGGCCGUGCGUUACCUACAUUGGGCCGGGCGGCUCGGGGAACUAUGUGAAGAUGGUGCACAACGGGAUCGAGUACGGCGAUAUGCAGCUGAUCGGCGAGGCAUACGACCUGCUUCGGGGUGCCGUUGGCUUGGAUGCGAUGGCGGCUGCGGAAGUAUUUGCCUCGUGGAACGCGGGCGCCCUGCAAAGCUUCCUCGUGGAGAUUACCGCGCGCAUUCUACGCGUGCCUGACACGUCUUCGUCGGCAGCGUCGGCGCCAGCGCUCGUAGACCAAAUCCUCGACCGGAGUGAGAGCAAGGGCACUGGCCUGUGGACGAUGACGGAGGCACUGCGGCGGGGCGUGGCGGUGCCGACCAUCGCUGCCGCGCUCGACGGGCGCUUCCUCUCAGCGCGGAAGGACGAGCGCGAGCGUGCGUCGCGGGUGCUCCGCGGACCCGAGCGGCUCUCGGGUACGGGGCACGCCUCCGAGUUGGCGGCCGCCGGUGCCUCACCCGGAGCCGCUGGCGCUGUAGCUGAAACUGGACCGGACACAGCUCCCGAGCGUGUCGCCGCCCUAGCGUCUGGCUCUGUACGAGCGUCGGCGUCGACGUCGCGUUCGGAUGCAUCGGCGGAGCGAGCGUUGAUCGCUGCUAUUGAGGACGCACUCUUCUGCAGCAAGCUCUGUAGCUACGCGCAGGGUCUCAGUCUGCUGCAUCGAGCGAGCUGCGAGCAGGGCUGGUCGCUGGAUCUCGGGGAGCUUGCGCGCAUCUGGAAGGGCGGCUGCAUUAUUCGGGCACAGCUGCUUGAGCGGAUCGAGGGCGCUUUUCGACGAGACCCCAGCCUGCCGAAUCUGCUGCUGGACGCUGACCUGGCUGCGGAGAUUGGACGUCGCCACGAGAGCUGGAGGCGUGUUGUCGGGCUGGCGGCAUCGCUGGGUGUGCCGGCGCCGGCGCUGACCGCGAGCCUUUCGUACUACGACACGUAUCGACAGGCGGUGCUGCGCUCAAGCCAGCUGGUUCAGGCCCAGCGGGAUUGCUUCGGCUCGCACGGCUACGAGCGUCUGGACGAUCCGGGGCGGCGGUGGCACACGCGCUGGCUCAGCGGUGGCGACUCGGCGGGGGUCUCGAGCUAG